ACAUUUUUGCAUAACAUAACCUCUCUUAUAUUAAACAUAAACGUAUAAAACAUAAACAAUUGCUUUUCCUGGAGCAGCAGCGGAACGAAUCUGUGUUUCGUUUGAGACACGAUUCAGUUUACUUGUAAUCUUCACUUUCAAUGGCAGAUAAAAAGUCGGGAACUACUGGUCCAGGCGCCGGCUCCGGCGGUGGCGGAGGCGACAAUAAGGAAAAACGGCGGAAGGAGUCGAUUCUUGAUUUGAGCAAGUACCUGGAGAAGACGAUCAGAGUUAAAUUUGCCGGCGGCCGGGAAGCGGCUGGCGUGCUGAAAGGGUACGAUCCCUUGCUGAAUCUUGUGCUAGACAAUACUGUGGAAUUCUUGCGGGACCCUGACGAUUACAAAUUGGCUGAGGAAACAAGACACCUGGGAUUGGUCGUUUGUCGAGGGACAUCGGUGGUGUUAAUAUGUCCGCAGGACGGUAUGGAAUCAAUACAAAAUCCGUUCAUUACACAGGAAGGUUAAGGGGUUGAUUAGAAGCGAACGGAACUGUAGAUGAGAAUUUUGUUCAAUGUGUGCGCGAUUUACUGUUGCAUUUUUGAUAUUGAUAAAUUGAUGAUUGAUAAAUGAUAUAUUAAAUGUAA